ACUUCACUUCUCCACACAGAAAAGACUUUGAUCUUUCACAACUCCAGUCGAAGGUAGAAGACGAGCAAACGCUUGGAGCUCAGCUCCAGAAGAAGAUCAAAGAGCUGCAGGCUCGAAUUGAGGAGCUGGAGGAGGAAAUUGAAGCCGAGCGCUCGGCUCGAGCCAAAGUGGAAAAGCAGAGGUCCGACCUGUCCAGGGAGCUGGAGGAGAUCACCGAGAGGCUGGAGGAGGCCGGCGGAGCCACCGCCGCUCAGGUGGAGGUGAACAAGAAGCGUGAGGCGGAGUUCCUGAAGCUGCGCAGGGAGCUGGAGGAGCUCUCGCUGCAGCACGAAGCCACCUCCGCUGCCCUGCGGAAAAAACACGCAGACAGUGUGGCUGAGAUGGGAGAACAGCUGGAUAACGUCCAGAGGGUCCGGCAGAAACUGGAGAAGGAGAAGAGCGAGCUGAAGCUGGAGGUGGACGACAUCUCCAGCAACGUGGAGACACUGGCAAAAGCAAAGGUUAGACCAUACAAUCGGAU